CACCGCGCUGCGACUCAGCUCGUAAAAAGGGAAAAAGCGCGGUUCUCGAGAUACCGCGAAUCUUCGAAAGCAAACGUGUUAUUAUCCACAGACUUUGAAAAGCAUUUGGGGGGGCGGCGGGGGCGCACAUACGCCCGCCCUCGCAAUUUCCAGCGCGACGUGCUUGUUCAGCCGGUGGAUCGGCACCCCAUGUACGAUGGCCCUUGUGUCUGCUGAUUCCCGCAUUGCAGAACUUCUCACAGAGCUCCAUCAGCUGAUCAAACAAACACAGGAGGAACGUUCGCGGAGUGAACACAACUUAGUGAACAUCCAGAAGACCCAUGAGCGGAUGCAGACAGAGAACAAGAUCUCUCCCUAUUACCGGACAAAGCUGCGUGGCCUUUAUACAACCGCCAAAGCCGAUGCAGAGGCCGAAUGCAACAUCCUCCGGAAGGCCCUAGAUAAGAUUGCGGAAAUCAAGUCUCUUUUGGAAGAGAGGCGGAUCGCUGCCAAGAUUGCAGGCCUAUACAAUGACUCGGAGCCUCCUCGGAAGACCAUGCGCAGGGGGGUGCUAAUGACUCUGCUGCAGCAGUCAGCCAUGACCCUGCCGUUGUGGAUCGGGAAGCCUGGUGACAAGCCGCCCCCACUCUGUGGGGCCAUUCCAGCCUCUGGGGACUACGUGGCCAAGCCCGGAGACAAGGUGGCUGCCCGGGUAAAGGCCGUGGAUGGGGAUGAGCAGUGGAUCCUGGCUGAGGUGGUCAGUUACAGCCAUGCCACCAACAAGUAUGAGGUAGACGACAUUGAUGAAGAAGGCAAAGAGAGACACACCCUGAGCCGGCGGCGUAUCAUCCCACUGCCCCAGUGGAAGGCCAACCCUGAGACAGACCCCGAAGCGUUAUUCCAGAAGGAGCAGCUUGUGCUGGCUUUGUAUCCCCAGACCACCUGCUUCUACCGGGCCCUGAUCCACACACCCCCACAACGGCCUCAGGAUGACUAUUCAGUCCUGUUUGAAGACACUUCCUAUGCAGAUGGUUAUUCCCCUCCCCUCAAUGUGGCCCAGAGGUACGUGGUGGCUUGUAAGGAGCCCAAGAAAAAGUGAAGGAGGCUGGCAGACUCAGUCUCCUGCCAUCCUCGAGGGGGGAUGC